CGUUGCGCGCCUCCCUCCUCUUCGUCUUCCUCCGUCCUGCCAUUGUUGCUUGCCUGGCUUGGUGUUGCUUCGCUGCGCACUCCACUUGUUAGAAUAGUCGCGGCUGAGUAGGAGGAGGAGGGAGCAGGACAAUAUUGACACUGUGCGGAUAGAUUAGAGGGUGCUGCCGUCAAGGAACAGUGUGCAGAUUGCGGCUGAUCGGGACGGCGUCGCUGUCGUCCCUGUUGCUGCACCGGCCACUCUGCCCCCGCCCCACAUCGCCGGCGUCGUAACACGCAACCAUCGUCGCGCGGGAGGACGUCGCCUCAAUCGCGGUUAUUGCCUUGAGCAGGACGACUACUUAGCACCAACCCGUCCGGAGGCGCCUCGUCCCGCUCCUGCGCCGCCACAGGAUGGCGCUGCUCACGGCGCCGGCGAUGGCCGCGGUGCUGCUCCUCUUCUGGGUGGCCUACGGUGACGCGGAGUACGUGCUCUACAAGGAAGCAAGCCAGCCCGUGGAGGCCCGCGUCGCCGACCUCCUGGGAAGGAUGACGCUCGCGGAGAAGAUCGGCCAGAUGACGCAGAUCGAGCGGCAGGUAGCCUCGCCGCAGGUGCUCAAGGACAACUUCAUCGGGAGCCUGUUGAGCGGCGGCGGGAGCGUGCCGCGGAAGCAGGCGACGGCGGCGGACUGGAUGAGCAUGAUCAGCGACUUCCAGAAGGCCUGCCUGUCCACGCGGCUCGGCAUCCCGAUGAUCUACGGCAUCGACGCCGUCCACGGCCACAACAACGUCUACGGCGCCACCAUCUUCCCCCACAACGUCGCGCUCGGAGCCACCAGGGAUCCUAAUCUGGUGAAGAGGAUCGGCGCCGCGACCGCACUCGAAGUGAGAGCCACUGGCAUCCAAUACGCGUUCGCGCCCUGCAUUGCGGUGUGCCGUGAUCCGAGGUGGGGGCGGUGCUAUGAGAGCUACAGCGAGGACCACCGGAUCGUGCAGGCCAUGACGGAGCUCAUACCGGGCUUACAGGGCGACGUUCCCCAGAACUUCACCAGCGGCAUGCCCUACGUCGCCGGAAAGAACAAGGUGGCGGCGUGCGCAAAGCACUUCGUCGGGGACGGCGGCACGCAGAAUGGCAUCAACGAGAACAACACCAUCAUCAGCCAGGAGGGCCUGAUGAGCAUCCACAUGCCGGCCUACCUGAACGCGCUCCGGAAGGGCGUCUCCACCGUCAUGAUCUCCUACUCCAGCUGGAACGGCCUCAAGAUGCACGCCAACCACAACCUCAUCACCCGAUUUCUCAAGGGCCAGCUCAAUUUCAAGGGCUUCACGAUCUCUGAUUGGGAGGGCAUUGACAGGAUCACCAGCCCUCCAGGGGCAAACUACUCCUACUCUGUCCAGGCUUCAAUUCUUGCUGGCAUUGACAUGAUCAUGGUGCCCAACAACUACCAGAACUUCAUCAGCAUCCUGACCGGCCACGUCAACAGCGGCCUGAUCCCGAUGAGCAGGAUCGACGACGCCGUGACGAGGAUUCUGCGCGUCAAGUUCACCAUGGGCUUGUUCGAGAACCCCAUGCCCGACGCUACCUUCGCCGACCAGCUAGGGAAGAAGGAGCACAGGGACUUGGCGAGGGAGGCGGUGAGGAAGUCGCUCGUGCUCCUCAAGAACGGCAAGCCAGGUGACGCGCCUCUGCUGCCGCUGCCCAAGAAGGCGGCCAAGAUCCUCGUGGCCGGGAGCCACGCCGACAACCUGGGCUACCAGUGCGGCGGGUGGACGAUCGAGUGGCAGGGCGACACAGGCCGCAUCACCGUCGGCACCACCAUCCUGGACGCCGUGAAGGCGGCCGUGGACCCUUCGACAACGGUGGUGUUCGCGGAGAACCCCGACGCGGACUUCGUCAAGAACGGCGGCUUCUCCUACGCCAUCGUGGUCGUCGGCGAGCAGCCGUACGCGGAGACCAAGGGCGACAGCCCGAACCUGACCAUCCCGGACCCGGGCCCGAGCACCAUCCAGACGGUGUGCGGCGCCGUGCGGUGCGCGACGGUGCUCAUCAGUGGCCGCCCCGUGGUGGUGCAGCCGUUCCUGGGUGCCAUGGACUCGCUCGUGGCCGCGUGGCUGCCAGGAACCGAGGGGCAGGGCGUCACCGACGUGUUGUUCGGCGACUACGGGUUCACCGGGAAGCUGCCGCGGACGUGGUUCAAGUCCGUGGACCAGCUGCCGAUGAACUACGGCGACGCGCACUACGACCCGCUGUUCCCACUCGGCUACGGGCUCACCACACAGGGCAGGACGUCCUAGACGUCGGUGCCGUGGCGGCGAUCUGCUCCGGCAGGAUGGUGGUAGAGAUAGGAAAUUGGAACAGUGCACAGGCGCGGGGACAUGUAGUUCUUGGCUCCUUGGCCGUUCAUAUCGAUUUAUAUUUAUGGUGUACGCUCAGUUCUCAGUGUGGAGUAGCAUCCACUUGAUAAGCGAUCUCAAUUCUUAUA